UAUUAUGACCUUCUUCAUGAAUUCAUGACUGCUGUCAAGCGGAACUAUGGUGAAAAAGUACUCAUACAGUUUGAAGAUUUUGCAAACCACAAUGCUUUUGAGCUGCUAGCGAAAUAUAGUACUACUCAUCUUGUCUUCAAUGAUGAUAUACAGGGGACAGCAGCUGUGGUUCUUGCAGGGCUUGUUGCGGCACUGAAGUUACUUGGUAGAUCCUUGGCCAAGCAGACAUUUUUAUUCCUUGGUGCUGGGGAAGUGAGACUCUAAUCUGUCUUCCUUCUUUUACACUAUAAACCUAUUUUCCUCUAUGGGCCACUGGACAGAAUUCCAUCUCUUUACUCAAAAAUGUCUCUCACUUCUAGUUUCUUCCAGUUGUUUUCAGCACUCCUGAUUCUGAUAUAGUUUUGCAUUCACUAAAAAACAUGAAAAAUAGGGAGAGAAACCGAAAGAA